AUGGAGUGCGUUGCCGCCCUGCUCGGCUCGCCACAAGUGGGCCCUGAGCGCCUCCGUAAGCCUCUGUACAUCGACGCUAAAGCCUUCCGCUGUGCUCCGAGCUCAGUGACCCUCAGUGUGUUCCUGGUCUCGUUAGCCCUGACCGUGUGUGCGGUGUGGCUGGUGGCGCUCUGUGGCGUCUGCGGCUGGUGUCAACGCAAACUGGGGAAGAGGAACAAGCCAGGAGUGGAGACAGCAGACACUCCAGACUCGGCACGUGGGCGAGGGGAGAAGAAAGCCAUCAACGAUCUAGACAGAGACUUUUGGAAUAACAAUGACAGCAGCACAGUGCAGCAGAGGUGGAGCUCCUAUCCGCCCAAGGAGUUCGUACUAAACAUUUCUCCUUAUGCCCCAUAUGGAGAUCCUCGCCUCACACUCAAUGGGGCGUUGUCGGGGGGGCAGAAGGGGGCUGCCACAGGUCAUGGGGAUGAAGGGGUGGGUUCUUUUCGCAACGACAGCGUGAGGAGCAUGUCCGAGGCUCCAAAGGUCGGGAGGUGGCAGAGUGUCCAUGGAGAGAGAGUUCGACCAAACAAUUUCGGAGAUCAGGUCUUGUCCUAUACCUCCACGCUUGACCACAUUCCCACCCGGCCCAGGACGCUACUCCGUCAGCAAAGCCUCCAGCAGCCUCUAGUGCACCCCUCCAGCCAUUCCAGCUUGGGACACCCGCCCACUACGUCUCAGAGUUUGGGACAGUUACACCAUGCGCCACAAGGGGACAGAGGAGCAGGUGGGACGGGAGCUGGGGGAGGAAAAGGGGGUGGAGGUGAAGGCGCGAGCGGCAGAGCUGCUCCGCGGGGAGGCACGACUGGAGCGUCCCGGUACAGAGCCGGAACUGGCCGGUCGCGAGCCACCCCGGGCAGCUGGGACUAUGUCAUGGACCAGAUCCGAAACAGAGGUCUAGAUGUCAAAUCCUUCAUUGAAGGAAAGCUGGUGGUCCUGGCUCUGGCCAUAGGUGUGGCUGAGCAAGAUGACUUUGCCAAUAUCCCUGACCUGCAGGAAACGGCGCAGGCUGCAGCCCCGCCCCCAGCAGCCAAUCAGGAGCCAGCUCCUGAGAAGAGGGGCAACAAGCCAGCUAACAGCCCCAAAGGCCAGCCCCCUGAUGCCGAUGGUCACUCCUCUGUGUCAGACUUGGCCAACUCUCUCACUGGAGACAUGGUGAUGUUGUCUCCAGGUUCGGAGGACGAUGAUGGAGAGGGGCCAAUCAGUGAGAAGCUGGGCCGUAUCCAGUUUAGUAUCGGCUACAGUUUCCAGAACACUACCCUCACUGUCAAAGUACUCAAGGGACAGGACCUUCCUGCCAAGGAUUUCUCGGGCACCUCCGACCCCUUUGUCAAAAUCUACCUACUGCCAGACAAAAAGCACAAACUGGAGACCAAGAUCAAGAGGAAGAACUUAAACCCACACUGGAAUGAAACUUUCCUUUUUGAAGGCUUCCCUUACGAGAAGGUCAGGGAGCGGACUCUGUACCUGCAGGUGUUGGACUAUGAUCGCUUCAGUCGAAAUGACCCGAUCGGAGAGGUGUCCAUUCCCCUCAACAAGGUGGAGCUGGGUCAGAUGAAGACCUUCUGGAAGGAGCUGAAGCCCUGCAGUGAUGGCAGCGGCAGACGAGGAGACCUGCUCUUGUCGCUUUGCUAUAACCCCACUGCCAACACCAUCACUGUGAACAUCAUCAAAGCGCGCAAUCUCAAAGCCAUGGACAUCGGGGGCACCUCAGAUCCUUAUGUGAAGUUAUGGCUCAUGCAGAAGGACAAGAGGAUAGAGAAGAGGAAGACGGUGACAAUGAAACGCUGUCUGAAUCCCAUCUUUAACGAGUCAUUUCCAUUCGACGUUCCCGCCCACGUGCUCCGGGAGACCACCAUCAUCAUCACCGUCAUGGACAAGGACAGGCUGAGCCGCAACGAUGUCAUCGGCAAGAUUUACCUAUCGUGGAAGAGCGGCCCUGGGGAGGUGAAGCAUUGGAAGGACAUGCUCGCUCGGCCACGUACCAACGUAGCCCAAUGGCACGCUCUCAAGGCCUGA